AUGUCGCACGGAAACAGCAGGCCCGCAGCAGUCAUUUUCUGGUUCGUUCUCCUCGAUUUCGCAAUCCAGUGGACUGCGUGCAUCUUUUCCGCAGUUUACCAGACCGAGCUUUUCUUUGAUUUGACCGGAUCCUGCACGUUCCUUCUCGGCGCCUUCCUCUCCCUCGCGAUAGGCGGCUCGCUGCACCAGAGACAAGUGGUGGCAUCAUCGCUCGUUUCAAUCUGGGCCGUUCGUCUUGGAACAUUCCUCUUCACCCGUAUCCUCCGGAGGGGGAAGGACUCUCGGUUCGAUGGCGUGCGGGACCAGCCCAUCUACCUCAUGAUGUUCUGGACCGUGCAGGGCAUGUGGGUGCUGCUCGUCUCGCUGCCGCUGCUCAUUCUCAAUGCCUCCCAUCCUCAACCGCAAUGGCUCUCUGCUACAGACGUGGCAGGAAUGGCUAUAUGGCUCACUGGCUUCCUCAUUGAGACCAUAUCAGACCAUCAGAAGUUACUCUUCAGCCUGAGACAGGAGAACGAGGGCAGGUGGAUAUCCACUGGUCUAUGGAGUUGGAGCCAGCACCCAAACUACUUUGGGGAGAUCCUCCUCUGGUUCGGCCUCUACCUGCUCACCUUCUCCGGCCUCUCGCCUGCAUAUCGCCUCAUAUGUCUUGCGAGUCCUCUCUUCACACUCUAUGCACUCAUUCGGAUGAGCGGGAUCCCUCUACUGGACAAGGCGUCGCAGCAGCGGUGGGGGAAGGAUGCAGCGUAUCGAACGUAUCGCGAGUCGACCUCCGUUCUUAUUCCUUGGCCGUGGCCGGUGAAAAACACCCAUGCUCAGAAGCGCACUCAUGCAGAAUGA